AUGCCACCUACAAUGGAGACGGGUAUGGAUUCGAGAGAUUCUGCGACGAGUACUGUGGAGAAUGGAAUUACUGCUACUGCCGUGUAUUCAUGGAGACCUCCUGAUUUACCUCAUAUCCAUAUACCACCUACUAUCGGUUCAAAUACUCAAACUGUCUUAUCGAUAUAUCGCGGGCUAGGUGAUGAACAAGAAACUCGAGAGAUCUUGAGCAUAAUCACAAAAGCACAAGCACAAACUUUAUCCGUGAGAAAAACCGAGUGGAAAUAUGAGAUGCGACGCCAUAUCCAACAGGUAUUGUCUUACCUCUAUCUGGGACCCGCCUCAGACGCGAGAGAGAUUGAAACAUUGAGACGAGAAGGAAUCACAAUGUUACUCGUGAUCAGAGAUACCAUGACAGCUCAAGCAAGAAUUCUGAGUGGUGAAAAGGUCGCAGAUCAGUUGGGGAUUGAAGCUGGUGCCGUCGAUGUUAGUGGAAAUAUGGAACUCAUUGCCGCUUUCCCUCGGGCCAUACAGACCAUCAAUGACCAUCUCAUCCGAGUAUUUCGAUACCGAAAAUCCCAAGGCGCCAACGAUCUGCCCUUGUUCGAAACACCAAAAGUUCUUCUCUUCUGCGAAACUGGAAAUGAGCGAUCUGCAGCGGUUGCCGUAGCAUAUGUCAUGGCGACUUAUGAAAUGAGUCUCGUCGAAGCCGUACAAUAUGUACAAAGUCGGCGAUUUUGCGUUUCGUUUGAUGAUGGAAUGAAACAUACGUUGCUUAACUACCAACAACUUCUCGAAGCCAAAAGAAGUGUUACCCAAACUCAACAGGCUGAGAUGACUGUAUCAUUGAAAUCCAAGAGACGACUCGAGAUAGACGAUGACGAUGUAAACAUGGAUCAGUCUCAACAGGAUGAUUUGGAUAGAUUUGAUGGGCGCACAAAGUUUACUCCGUUUAUAUAA